AUGAAGAACGCAGAGUUCCAACCCAAGCUGAAUCCAGCCCCCAAGCCAUUUAAAUUCCCCUCAAAAAGCGGCUUAGCUUUUUUGCUUAAAGAUUGCUUCAAGCCUCAAGUGGCUAUUGCUAUUGGAUGCUUCAUACAAGUAGUUCUCUGCGCUAUUCUUCCUUUCCACUGGGCUGUUGUUCCAUCAGCAGCUGUUCUUCUCAACUCUCUCAUCACCACUCUUGUUCAAGUGGUACGCAUCCCAAAACCAAAUGAGUUCAAUGAAGGCAUUGUACCCGGCCGCGUAACUGCUCAACUACCAUCUCCUACUGGUUCGUUUGGUAACGAGCCUGGUGCGAACUCAGUGGUGGUCUUCCAUCUCGGAUUCCAGAUAAACCACCCGCUCGGUCUCGCAGCACCAGGUGUUGACGAGAUGAACGUCCACUUCACAGCGAUGCAAAAAGAGCUCAACCGCAACCGCACCGACUACGGGUUUCUCACAUCCUCGACCUGGCGCGGUGACGAACGCAGUAGCAACAAUUCGCUCCUCAUCAUCUACUACUUCCGCGACGUCGAGGGUCUGCACCGCUUCGCCCACGGUGAUUAUCAUCGUAAAGCGUGGGACUUUAUGACUAAGACGAAGCCCAAGCAUGUUGGAAUCUUUCACGAGACGUAUUCUGUUCCUGCACACGAGUAUGAGAACAUUUAUGUCAAUUGUCAUCCUGUCAUGAUGGGACGGGCUUCGGUGAAGACGACAGGGGGCGACGAGGAGAAAUGGACAAAUACCCUCGUUAAUGCUGAUGUGCCGGCUUUGAAGACGCAGUAUGCGAGGAUGUCGAGGGAUGAGCAAGGGAUCCCGAAGGAGUUGUAA